AAUGGCUCUCUGUGCGUCCUUGAAGACCCUUGAGGUGUUCCCAUUUAGAGACCCAGAGCUGUCUUCCCUCCUGCUAUCCCAGCUCAACAGCCUGAGACAGGAGAGGAUCCUAACUGACGUGCUGCUCUGUUCAGACAACACAGAGAUCCCCUGCCACAGGAACGUCCUGGUGUCCUCCAGCCUAUACUUCAGGUCAGCUACAAUACAGUAGAAACGGAUUGAUUCAUUAUACAGAGAGCACAAGACAACCCAACCUCACCUAACACAACACGACUACAGAACCUCACCUAGAACACAACACGACUACAGAACCUCACCUAACACAACACGACUACAGAACCUCACCUAGAACACAACGACUACAGAACCUCACCUAGAACACAACACGACUACAGAACCUCACCUAACAUAACGACUACAGAACCUCAGCUAACACAACACAACUACAGAACCUCAGCUAACACAACACGACUACAGAACCUCACCUAACACAACACGACUACAGAACCUCACCUAACACAACACGACUACAGAACCUCACCUAGAACACAACACGACUACAGAACCUCACCUAAACACCAACACGACACAAACCUCACCUAAACACAACACGACUACAGAACCUCACCUAACACAACACGACUACAGAACCUCACCUAGAACACAACACGACUACAGAACCUCACCUAAACACAACACGACUACAGAACCUCACCUAGAACACAACACGACUACAGAACCUCACCUAACACAACACGACUACAGAACCUCACCUAGAACACAACACGACUACAGAACCUCACCUAACACAACACGACUACAGAACCUCACCUAGAACACAACACGACUACAGAACCUCACCUAACACAACACGACUACAGAACCUCACUAACACAACACGACUACGACCUCACCUAACACAACACGACUACAGAACCUCACCUCACCUAACACGACCUCACCUACAAACCUACCAACACGACUACAGAACCUCACCUAACACAACACGACUACAGAACCUCACCUAACACAACACGACUACAGAACCUCACCUAACACAACACGACUACAGAACCUCACCUAACACAACACGACUACAGAACCUCACCUAACACAACACGACUACAGAACCUCACCUAGAACACAACACGACUACAGAACCUCACCUAGAACACAACACGACUACAGAACCUCACCUAGAACACAACACGACUACAGAACCUCACCUAGAACACAACACGACCACAGAACCUCACUUAGAACACAACACGACUACAGAACCACACCUAACACAACUACAGAACCUCACCUAACACAACUACAGAACCUCACCUAGAACACAAUACAACUACAGAUCCUCACCUAGAACACAACACGACUACAGAACCUCACCUAGAACACAACACGACUACAGAACCUCACCUAGAACACAACACGACUACAGAACCUCACCUAGAACACAACACGACUACAGAACCUCACCUAGAACACAACACAACUACUGAACCUCACCUAACACGACAUGACUGCAGAACCUCACCUAACACGACACAACUACAGAACCUCAGCUAACACAACAUGACUACAGAACCUCAGCUAACACAACACAACUACAUAACCUCACCUAACACAACACAACUACAGAACCUCAGCUAACACAACACGACUACAGAACCUCAGCUAACACAACACAACUACAGAACCUCACCUAACACAACACAACUACAGAACCUCACCUAACACAACACGACUACAGAACCUCAGCUAACACAACAUGACUACAGAACCUCACCUAACACAACACAACUACAGAACCUCACCUAACACAACACGACUACAGAACCUCACCUAACACCACAUGACUACAGAACCUCACCUAACACAACACGACUACAGAACCUCACCUAGAACACAACACGACUACAGAACCUCACCUAACACAAGACAACAUUAUACAGAGACGACAACAUUUUGGAUGACCAGCAGGGCCACACCAGCCUGGGAGCAGAGGAGGGUACAGUACAAUGUUCAUGAGGCGUGUACCGAUAGGACCAUGAGGCGUGUUCCGAUAGGACCAUGAGGCGUGUUCCGAUAGGACCAUGAGGCGUGUACCGAUAGGACCAUGAGGCGUGUACCGAUAGGACCAUGAGGCGUGUUCCGAUAGGACCAUGAGGCGUGUACCGAUAGGACCAUGAGGCGUGUACCGAUAGGACCAUGAGGCGUGUUCCGAUAGGACCAUGAGGCGUGUUCCGAUAGGACGCAUGAGGCGUGUACCGAUAGGAAGUAAUGAUAGAAGUAGCCGAUGCCAACAUGAUGACACUGAUAAAAUAGUACAAAGGGGGAAAUAUAGUAUAUAAUAUACAGUGGGUAGAACAAGUAUUUGAUACACUGCUGAUUUUGCAGGUUUUCCUACUUACAAAGCAUGUAGAGGUCUGUGAUUUUUAUCAUAGGUACACUUCAUCUGUGAGAGACGGAAUCUAAAACAAAGAUCCAGAAAAUCACAUUUUUAAGUAAUUAAUUUGCAUUUUAUUGCAUGACAUAAGUAUUUGAUCACCUACCAACCAGUAAGAAUUCCGGCUCUCACAGACCUGUUAGUUUUUCUUUAAGAAGCCCUCCUGUUCUCCACUCAUUACCUGUAUUAACUGCACCUCUUUGAACUCGUUACCUGUAUAAAAGACACCUGUCCACACACUCAAUCAAACAGACUCCAACCUCUCCACAAUGGCCAAGACCAGAGAGCUGUGUAAGGGAUAAAAUUGUAGUCCUGCACAAGGCUCCGAUGGGCUACAGGACAAUAGGCAAGCAGCUUGGUGAGAAGGCAACAACUGUUGGCGCAAUUAUUAGAAAAUUGAAGAAGUUCAAGAUGAAGGUCAAUCACCCUCGGUCUGGGGCUCCAUGCAAGAUCUCACCUCGUGGGGCAUCAAUGAUCAUGAGGAAGGUGAGGGAUCAGCCCAGAACUACACGGCAGGACCUGGUCAAUGACCUGAAGAGAGCUGGGACCACAGUCUCAAAGAAAACCAUUAGUAACACACUACGCCGUCAUGGAUUAAAAUCCUGCAGCGCACGCAAGGUCCCCCUGCUCAAGCCAGCGCAUGUCCAGGCCCGUCUGAAGUUUGCCAAUGACCAUCUGGAUGAUCCAGAGGAGGAAUGGGAGAAGGUCAUGUGGUCUGAUGAGACAAAAAUAGAGCUUUUUAGUCUAAACUCCACUCGCCGUGUUUGGAGGAAUAAGAAGGAUGAAUACAACCCCAAGAACUCCAUCCCAACCGUGAAGCAUGGAGGUGGAAACAUCAUUCUUUGGGGAUGCUUUUCUGCAAAGGGGACAGGACGACUGCACCGUAUUGAGGGGAGGAUGGAUGGGGCCAUGUAUCGCGAGAUCUUGGCCAACAACCUCCUUCCCUCAGUAAGAGCAUUGAAGAUGGGUCGUGGCUGAGUCUUCCAGCAUGACAACGACCCGAAACACACAGCCAGGGCAACUAAGGAGUGGCUCCGUAAGAAGCAUCACAAGGUCCUGGAGUGGCCUAGCCAGUCUCCAGACCUGAACCCAAUAGAAAAUCUUUGGAGGGAGCUGAAAGUCCGUAUUGCCCAGCGACAGCCCCGAAACCUGAAGGAUCUGGAGAAGGUCUGUAUGGAGGAGUGGGCCAAAAUCCCUGCUGCAGUGUGUGCAAACCUGGUCAAGACCUACAGGAAACGUAUGAUCUAUGUAAUUGCAAACAAAGGUUUCUGUACCAAAUAUUAAGUUCUGCUUUUCUGAUGUAUCAAAUACUUAUGUCAUGCAAUAAAAUGCAAAUGAAUUACUUAAAAAUCAUACAAUGUGAUUUUCUGGAGUUUUGUUUUAGAUUCAGUCUCUCACAGUUGAAGUGUACCUAUGAUAAAAAUUAUAGACCUCUACAUGCUUUGUAAGUAGGAAAACCUGCAAAAUCGGCAGUGUAUCAAAUACUUGUUCUCCCCACUGUAUAUAGUUAAUAACUGUUCUAUGGAUGUGUGUGUGGAUGUGAGUGUAGGCUGUACGUUUUGGUGUGAAUAUGUAUAGGAGGGCGGGAGAGUGAAUGAAGGAGAAUGGAUUAGUAACUUUUUUAUUUUUUUAUUUUACCUUUAUUUAACCAGGUAAGCCAGUUGAGAACAAGUUCUCGUUUACAACUGCGACCUGGCCAAGAUAAAGCAAAGCAGUGCGAUAAAAACAACAACACAGAGUUACAUAUGGGGUAAAAAAAAACAAAGUCAAAAAUACCACAGAAAAUAUAUAUACAGUGUGUGCAAAUGUAGCAAGUUAUGGAGGUAAGGCAAUAAAUAGGCCAUAGUGCAAAAUAAUUACUAUUAGUAUUAUCACUGGAAUGAUAGAUGUGCAAGAGAUGAUGUGCAAAUAGAGAUACUGGGGUGCAAAUGAGCAAAAUAAAUAACAAUAUGGGGAUGAGGUAGUUGGGUGGGCUAAUUACAGAUGGGCUGUGUACAGGUGCAGUGAUCGGUAAGCUGCUCUGACAACUGAUGCUCAAAGUUAGUGAGGGAGAUAAGAGUCUCCAGCUUCAGAGAUUUUUGCAAUUCGUUCCAGUCAUUGGCAGCAGAGAACUGGAAGGAAUGGCGGCCAAAGGAGGUGUUGGCUUUGGGGAUGACCAGUGAGAUAUACCUGCUGGAGCGCAUACUACGGGUGGGUGUUGCUAUGGUGACCAAUGAGCUAAGAUAAGGCGGAGAUUUGCCUAGCAGUGAUUUAUAGAUGGCCUGGAGCCAGUGGGUUUGGCGACGAAUAUGUAGUGAGGACCAGCCAACAAGAGCGUACAGAUCACAAUGGUGGGUAGUGUAUGGGGCAUUGGUGACAAAACAGAUGGCACUGUGAUAGACUACAUCCAAUUUGCUGAGUAGAGUGUUGGAGGCUAUUUUGUAAAUGACAUCGCCGAAGUAGGAUCGGUAGGAUAGUCAGUUUUACGAGGGCAUGUUUGGCAGCAUGAGUGAAGGAGGCUUUGUUGCGAAAUAGGAAGCCGAUUCUAGAUUUAACUUUGGAUUGGAGAUGCUUAAUGUGAGUCUGGAAGGAGAGUUUACAGUCCAACCAGACACCUAGGUAUUUGUAGUUGUCCACAUACUCUAGGUCAGACCCGUCGAGAGUAGUGAUUCUAGUCGGGUGGGCGGGUGCCAGCAGCGUUCGUUUGAAGAGCAUGCAUUUAGUUUUACUAGCGUUUAAGAGCAGUUGAAGGCUACGGAAGGAGUGUUGUAUGGCAUUGAAGCUUGUUUGGAGGUUUGUUAACACAGUGUCCAAUGAAGGGCCAGAUGUUUACAAAAUGGUGUCGUCUGCGUAGAGGUGGAUCUGAGAGUCACCAGCAGCAAGAGCGACAUCAUUGAUAUACACAGAGAAAAGAGUCGGCCCAAGAAUUGAACCCUGUGGCACCCCCAUAGAGACUGCCAUAGGUCCAGACAACAGGCCCUCCGAUUUGACACAUCGAACUCUAUCUGAGAAGUAGUUGCAUGGGCAAGUUGCAGCGGAGGGUGCAUAGCUGGUGGCCGGGGUAGGGGUAACCAGGUGGAAAGCAUGGCCAGCUGUAGCAAAAUGCUUGUUGAAAUUCUCGAUUAUUGUAGAUUUAUUAUUGGUGGUGACAGUGUUUCCUAGCCUCAGUGCAGUGGGCAGCUGGGAGGAAGUGCUCUUAUUCUCCAUGGACUUUACAGUGUCCCAAAACUUUUUGGAGAUAGUGCUACAGGAUGCAAAUUUCUGUUUGAAAAAGUUAGCCUUUGCUUUCCUAACUGCUUGUGUAUAUUGGUUCCUAACUUUCCUGAAAAGUUGCAUAUCGCGGGGGCUAUUCGAUGCUAAUGCAGUACGCCACAGGAUGUUUUUGUGCUGGUCAAGGGCAGUCAAGUCUGAAGAGAACCAGGGGCUAUAUCUGUUCUUAGUUCUGAAGCUUAUUUAAGAUUGAGAGGAAAGCACUUUUAAAGAACAACCAGGCAUCCUCUACUAACGGAAUGAGAUCGAUAUCCAUCCAGGAUACCUGGGCCAGGUCAAUUAGGAAGGCCUGCUCGCUAAAGUGUUUUAGGGAGCAUUUGACAGUGAUGAGGGGUGGUCGUUUGACCGCGGACAAUGAGGCAGUGAUCGCUGAGAUCCUGGUUGAAGACAGCGGAGGUGUAUUUAGAGGGUAAGUUAGUCAGGAUGAUAUCUAUGAGGGUGCCCAUGUUUACGGAUUUAGGGUUGUACCUGGUAGGUUCCUUGAUAAUUUGUGUGAGAUUGAGGGCAUCUAGUUUGGAUUGUAGGAUGGCCGGGAUGUUAAGCAUAUCCCAGUUUAGGUCACCAAGCAGUACGAACUCUGAGGAUAGAUGGGGGGCAAUCAUGUUCACAUAUGGUGUCCAGGGCACAGCUGGGGGCUGAGGGGGGUCUGUAGCAAGCGGCAACAGUGAGAGACUUAUUUCUGGAAAGGUGGAUUUUUAGAAGUAGGAGCUCAAACUGUUUGGGCACAGACCUGGAUAGUAUGAUAGAGCUCUGCAGGCUAUCUCUACAGUAGAUUUUAACUCCACCCCCUUUGGCAGUUCUAUCUAGAUGGAAAAUGUUGUAGUUGGGGAUGGACAUUUCUGAAUUUUUGGUGGCCUUCCUAAGCCAGGAUUCAGACACUGCUAGAACAUCAGGGUUGGCGGAGUGUGCUAACGCAGUGAAUAACUCAAACUUAAGAAGGAGGCUUCUGAUGUUAACGUGCAGAAAACCAAGGCUUUUACGGUUACAGAAGUCAACAAAUGAUAACUCCUGGGGAGUAGAAGUGAUACUGGGGGCUGCAGGGCCCGUACAUAUAAUAAUAAUAAUAAUAAUAAUAAUAAUAAUAAUAAUAUGCCAUUUAGCAGACGCUUUUAUCCAAAGCGUCUUACAGUCAUGUGUGCAUACAUUUUGAAGAGAGCCAACAACUAACUACAGGUUAAACUCAAAUAAAGCAUACUAUUAAAUGGCAAAUAAACCUGGUAAACAUCUCGAAGCUCUCACAAAACCAAACCAGUUAUAAUUUAAAAAGACAAGGAUACAAAUGGUUUUAAUUAGAAACAACAACACUAUUAAUGACCAUUUUAAAAGCUUCUAUAAAAACCUAUAUAAAUAGUGGCGAUUUUAGCAUAUAAAUCUUGGUGGGGCAAACAAAAACAAAACAGUUUGGAUACAUGCCAGCAAACCCACUACACAACACAACACUAAACAAUACAUUAAUUUAACUAUAACGGUGACAAACGGUGCUCCCAAACUGUUAGGGCCUCCAUAAAUCUGUCCCAACAGCAGAGCUUUCUUUUCAGCACCAUGGAGUGAAUCCUUACCACUGCUCCACCUGGCUAUCAGAGGCAGCAGUCCCAACACCUUACCACUGCUCCACCUGGCUAUCAGAGGAGCCUCGUCUGGCAGCGAAACUGGUCAUUCAGCCUCAUUUACUGGCUUUUAAAAAAACAUAGCUGAUAUGGCCGACUUGCUUAAACAAAUGUGGUUUCUACUGACAAUUAAGAUGUACAAACUAUGGCAUAAGGGGACGACGAGCGGACAAGAGGCAAUCCGUAAUUUCGAUUUAAGACAUUAAUGAGCGAGCUAGGACGGACGUAGUCAAUAUAACUAUUUGUUUAGCCCCUUUGAAAUGUACAGUGACAUAAUUCAGAACAUGGGCCGUUCUUACAGUGUUCUCCCUGUACACCAAGUCAGAACCGUAGGAUAAAUAAAGGGGGCAUAUAAGCAGACAAUGAAAGCUCUUACAAUAUUCGAUGAUUACAUUUCUCUAAAACAGGCUAUAGGCUACAUGUGCACCACCAAGUCAGAACAGUAGGCUAAAUUAAGAGGGGAAAAGGGACCAAAUUAUUAGGGUGAGGCACAUGGGCUACUAACAGCUUACUACACAACAUACACUUAGUAUUACUUUCUUAGCUACAGUAUACAUAUCUCCCUGGCAUAUUACAUCAUUUAUGCAGCAGCAUACAAUACAUUUUUGGACUCACCUUGUUGUGCUGUGCUCACUUGAACAGGAAGGUGGCGUGGCGGUCCUUGUGGACACAUUUUGUCAUCAAAGUCUGGCAUUCUCUGGAUUUAUGGUGCUUUCAAGACAACUGGGAACUCUGAAAAAAACAAGGUCGAAUCAUGACAUCAGUGAUCUUCAGGUCGGAGCUCUAGAAAGAGGCCCGAGUUUCCGACUUGGAGUUCCGAGUUGGAUGACCGUUCAAAACGUAUUUUCCCAGUCGGGGCUCGUUUUUUUCAAAGUUCCCAGUUGUCUUGAACUCACUGAAGUCUGAGAUUUCCCAGUUCCGAGUUUCCAGUUGUUUUGAAUGCGGCAGAAGUCAUGCUGGAUUGACAGCAUGGCCAAUGUAUUAAACUGUUUCUGGCCCAUAAUGUUGAAUGUAUAUCCUUUUAAGCUUGGAAAAGAGGCCCUUAAACCCAGACUUGGACCCCACACCCUCUCCACUGAAUAGCAGGCUAGUGAUCGCUUUGCAAUACUUGCAGUUAGCCACCGAUUCCUUCCAAAACACUCAUUGUUGAAUUUGCGAUUUCCAACUUGUUGUGUAAUGUUUAUGUCCAAUGGCCGAUGAGCACCGAUAUGUUUUAUCUAUAAUUUCUCUUCAUAAUUUCUUCAUAUGACAAGGAUUGAAAAUGAUUUUCCAGUAGAUUGGCGACUUGAUUCAUGAUGAUGACUGCUAGCUUGUUAGCUAAGAUUUUGAAAGUAUUGAUGUUUACAUAAUCAGUCCAAUCAAAGCUACGGUAGAUAUAACGUGAUUUGAUGUCAUUUUAUAUGUGGCCAAUGACCUUGAGCCUUCUUGGAUGGGCACUUCUAAUGUAACUCUAUGGCAACACCCAAGGGGCUUGAAUUUUCUAGCUUUACCCGUAGAUUCUGCAGUGACGUAGUGUCCCCAUGAGUGACAGAACACUGAGCCAAUCACGGCGCAACUAGAGAACAUUACCAACCCCUACGCUCCGUAUUUUCCGCUGGCUGCCCCACCUCCACAGAAAGCACUGAGCUAGGCUGAAACACCUGCAUUUAGGAGCUGCCUUACUCAAGAAAACAAAAAAGAGACCAUAUUUGUAUGCGGCUUUAUUAACUCAAUGUUAUUUGUAAUUUUUUUUACAUUGUUUGCAAACUGGUAGGUGACACGUAUUAAUGCCCAAAUAAUUUUUUCAGCUAAACAGGUGGGCCUCAAAAUGACGGGUCGCCACUCUAUAUAAAAAUAGACAUUUACAAACAAAUGCAAGAACAUGAUUCAAUAUAAUACAAUACGCUAAAAAACAAGAUAUAGAUUUAUCAAUAAUAGCUGUAGAUGCCGAAAAGCCUUUCGACCGUCUUGAAUGGACUUUUCUAUUCAAAACUUUGGAGGCCUUCAACUUUCCAUCUGAAAUAAUACAUUUUAUAAAAAUAUUAUAUAAAUGUCAUUAAGCAAAAAUAUACACAAAUAAUACAUUAUCUGAUGAAAUUGCUUUAGAAAGGGGGACAAGACAGGGAUGUCCUCUCUCCCCCUUCCUGUUUGCACUGGCAAUUGAACCGCUUGCAGAAAGAAUUAGACAGGACCCAAACGUAACAGGUAUCAGAAUUGGUGAACAUGAAUAUAAACUAAACUUAUUUGGAGAUGAUCUCCUGAUAUACCUGACUAUAAUAUUGAAAACUCAAUGUCCCCCUUGCUAAAAAUACUGUAUUUUCAGAAUACUUUUAAAAUCUCAAGAUAUAAAAUGAAUUUAAUAAAUUACGUGGAAAAAAACGGAAAUAACGGCAAUAGGAAAAAUAAAAAGAAUAACUCUGAUCUACAGUAAUCCUUUAAGUGGACCACAACAAAUACUUAAGAUGCUUAAUAAGUGUCAACAAACAACAGAUAUAUAAAGGUAACUUUAUCCCAUUACUCAACAAUAUGAAAGCAGAUCUAAUUAAAUGGAACAAUCUUCAGGCUCCCAAAGUUUUUAUAUUUAUUCUCGGUAAUACCAAUUACCCUACCGAAGACAUUCUUUAAAAAAGUUUACUCAUACAAUAGACAUUAUCUUUAUCAAAUAAAACUCAGAAUAAAAAGGGUGGUUUUAACCUCUGACUUGGAAUUGCAUCAACUUGCCACCCAAGGCUUUUACUUGAGACAUAUAUUUAAAUGCACUAAAGAGGAAAAAUUUAUACAUACUGAAGAUGCACAUGCUCACCCCCAGAAUAUUUUAAUGUGUCUAUUUUCAAAGGAUAAAGCUAAGAACAUUAACAACUUCAUAGUUAAGAACACUAGAACAAAAUGAAAGAAAUUUUAACGGAUUCUACAAGAAUCAAUAUCACUCCCAAAAAACACAACCUAUGUAACAAUCCUUGGAUAGCUUUUCAGAAUGCACUAAUAAACUGGUCUGCGUGGAAAAUUAAAGGCAUAGAAACCGGAAAUGACUUGGUAACAGGAAAUACAUUCAUUUACAUGACAGAAUCAAACAGCAAUUUUGGACUGACCAAUGUAGAUAUUUUCAAAAAACAUGCAACUUAAAAGUUUCAUAUCACGAAAUUUCGAUUUGAAAUAUUUUGUACAUCAGAGCAAUGUUGAGGGAAUCCUAUUUGAAUCAGAAAAUAAUAUUCAUAUGAUAGUACAAAACCUUUAAAAUAACUGAUGUUGGCACAAGAUGAAGGGAGUGUUGGAACAUAACUAACGAAAUUACAGAUAACUAAAAUGUACGCUUAAUCCAGUAUAAACUAAUGUAUAGAAUUUAUUAGACAAGAGACAAAAUUCACAAAUUCUACAGCACAACGGCAGCGUCAUGUCUUAAGUGUAAAACAAACAAUAAUCCAUGCCUUCUGGAAAUGUUAUAAAGUCCAAAAGUUAUGGGCGGAAUUAGAAAGUUGUCUGUCAGAAGUAUUACAAUGUAAAUUUACUUUUAAUCCGUCUGUCUGCAUAUUUCAAGACAUGGCAUAUUUUUUUUAUUUUUUUUUAUUUCACCUUUAUUUAACUAGGCAAGUCAAUUAAGAACAAAUUCUUAUUUACAUCUGACCACUUCCUUAUUAACCGAGUCACUGGUGCUUCCUGCUUUAGUUUUUGCUUAUAAGCAGGAGGAUACAUUUACAUUUACGUCAUUUAGCAGACGCUCUUAUCCAGAGCGACUUACAUUAUUUUUAUUUUUUUCAUACCCCCUGUGGGAAUCGAACCCACAACCCUGGCGUUGCAAACACCAUGCUCUAUCAACUGAGCUACAUCCCUACCGGCCAUUCCCUCCCCUACCCUGGACGACGCUGGGCCAAUUGCGUGCCGCCCCAUGGGUCUCCCGGUCACGGCCGGCUACGACAGAGCCUGGAUUUGAACCAGGAUCUCUAGUGGCACAGCUAGCACUGCGAUGCAGUGCCUUAGACCACUGCGCCACUCAGGAGACUAAAAAUAGUUAUGGUCAGAUUUGCCAAAUGGAGGGCGAGGGAGAGCUUUGUAUGCGUCUCUGUGUGUGGAGUAAAGGUGGUCUAGAGUUUUUUUUCCUCUGGUGGCACAUUUAACAUGCUGGUAGAAAUUAGGUAGAACGGAUUUAAGUUUCCCUGCAUUGAAGUCCCCGGCCACUAGGAGCGCUGCCUCUGGAUGAGUGUUUUCCUGUUCAGUUAUGGCCUUAUACAGCUCAUUGAGUGCAAUCUUAGUGCCAGCAUCGGAUUGUGGUGGUAAAUAGACAGCUACGAAAAAUAUAGAAAACUAUUUUUGUAAAUAGUGUGGUCUACAGCUUAUCAUGAGAUACUCUACCUCAGGCGAGCAAAACCUUGAGACUUCCUUAGUAUUAGAUUUUAUGCACCAGCGGUUGUUUACAAAUAUACACAGACCGCCACCCCUUGUCUUACCGGAGUCAGCCGUUCUGUCCUGCCGAUUUAGCGUAUAUCCUGCCAGCUGUAUGUUACCCAUGUCGUCGUUCAGCCAUUUCCCGUUGGUAGGAUAUCCUUGAUCUUAGGUCGUCCAUUUUGUUUUCAAAUGAUUGUACGUUGGCUAAUACGAUUGAUGGAAGAGGCAGAUUACUCGCUCCUUACAAGGCACCCCGACCUACAUCCACGAUAUCUCUGUCUCUUUCUCAUGCGAAUGACGGGGAUUUGGGCCUUGUCGGGGGUCUAUGGAAUAUCCUUUGCGUCCGACUCGUUGAAGAAAAAAUCUUCGUCCAAUACGAGGGGAGUAAUCGCUGUCCUGAUAUCCAGAAGCUCUUUUUGGUCAUAAGAGACGGUGGCAGAAACACUAUUGACAGAAUAAAUUACAAAAACACACAUAAUAGCACAAUUGGUUAGAGGGACGUAAAACGGCAGCCAUCUCCUCCGGUGCCAUUUACACCAAUUAUCAUGUAUAUUCCUCAGGGCCAUGUUCUGCAGUAACCUGUCAUGUAUAUUCCUCAGGGCCAUGUUCUGCAGUAACUUUGUGGAGAGCAGCCAGGGUCGGGUGAAUCUGAAGGGUAUCUCCCCUGACGUGCUCUGUGGCAUAGUGGACUAUGUGUAUACAGGAGCCAUCACCAUCAGCAUGGACAUAGUGCUUCCUCUAAUGCAGGCUGCCUCCAUGCUGUACUAUGGACGGCUGUUUGAGGCCUGCUCCACCUUCCUGCAGGUGACUACGGAUGGAAAUCAGCUUUGUUGCUAACUCUGGGACUUAUGUUGACACUGCAGUAUUGAUGGAUGUGACUGUGCCACUAACUCCUGAUUGUGUACGAUGUAUUGUGUUUGUGAAUCAGGCCUCCCUUGCAAAAGAGACUUUGGUCUCAAUGGGACUUCCCUGCUUAAAUAAAGGUUAAAUGAAGUAAGAAAUGAUAAUAAAUGUGCACUCACACACGGCCUAUGUUAAAUGAUCAUAUAUUUCAGGAGCAGCUGAGCCCAGACAACUGUCUCAGUAUGAUCCGACUGUCAGAGAUCCUCCACUGUGACAGUCUGAAGGAGAAGGCCAAGGAGAUGGCCGUGCGGAGCUUCUCAGAUGUAGCUGCCUCCGAGGACUUCUGUGAGCUCUCCUUACCUGAGCUCAUGUGUUACCUGGAGGAUGACCGACUGUGUGCCGAGGAGGAGCAGGUGAUAUGAGAUGAGAUGAGAUGAGAUGAGAUGAGUUGAGGUGAGGUGAGGUGAGGUGAGGUGAGGUGAGGUGAGGUGAGAAGAGGUGAGGUGAGGUGAGAAGAGGUGAGGUGAGGUGAGAUAUGAAAAAAAUAAAUAAAGGAUAAGAUUAGAUCAAAUAAGGUAAAAUAGUACUAAUCCCCCAUGUUAAAAACUAAAAGUCACAUUUCCCAGGUGUUUGAGACUCUCCUGGCAUGGAUCCACCACGACCCGUUCUCCCGGCGCGGCGCCAUCCACGACCUCUUCAAGAAGGUGCGUCUGCGCUACAUCCACCCCACCUACCUGUUCCAGUUCAUCGCCAAUGACCCGCUCGUCCAGUCCUCCACGCUCUGCACCGAGAUCAUCGAGUCCGUCCGUCGCCUCAUGCUCUCAGUCAGUGCCAAGUGCGGCCGUGAGCUGAAGCCCCUCUGGACCACACCACGCCGUUACACCUGCCGAGAGACGCUCGUGGUGGUCGGCGGGCGCAAGAACAACGAGCAGACGUCCCGGGAAGCCCUGCUCUAUGACGAGAGGACUCAGCGCUGGCAGUGGCUGGCCAAGCUGCCCCUGAGGCUCUACAAGGCCUCCUACGUCUGCAUCCACAGCAUCCUGUACGUGGUGGGGGGGCUCAGCCUCAGCAUGGCCUCGGGAGACAGCUCUGUAUCUGCCACCGUCUACACCCUCUCCCUCAAGACCAACCAGGUACGUAAGGCUACUGACAGUUUGUCCAGAAAAAUAUGCAUUUUUAAGUUAGAUUUUAUUGUGCUGAUCGAUAAUUAUUUUGUAUUGUGUAUUUAUGAACAUUUUAAAUUUCAGCCUUAGCUGCUAUUGACACCAUGUAAUGUUGCCUUUAUUGAAAUCGACCAGUGGAGGACGGCUGAGCCCAUGCUGGAGCCGCGCUACGCCCACCAGAGUGUCUCCUACCUCCACUUUAUCUUUGUCCUGGGGGGGAUCGGAGUAGACAAACAGAUCUCCAACUCUGUGGAGAGGUACAACAGUAUGUUUAACCAAUGGGAGGCCAUGGCUCCUCUCCCCACCGCCGUGCUGCACCCCGCCGUCGCCGCCAACGACCAGAGGGUCUACGUGUUCGGAGGGGAGGACGCCAUGCAGAACCCUGUCAGGGAGAUACAGGUAACCAAUCAAUCAACGCAACAGUUGUAUCAAAGCAGGGAGGAGGUAAUUCCUGUCCUCUAGUGUGUAUUUUUUUGUGUUAUUUAACUAAGCAAGUCAGUCAAGAACAAAUUCUUAUUCACAAUGACGGCCAAACCCAAACCCAAACGACGCUGGGCGCCGCCCUACGGGACUCCCAAUCAUGGCCUGCAGCUGCCUAAUAAACAUAAACUAACAGUCUAUUAAGCUAAUGUGUAUGUAUGCUAUGUAUGCUAUGUAUGCCAUGUAUGCCAUGUAUGCCAUGUAUGCCAUGUAUGCUAUGUAUGCUAUGUAUGCCAUGUAUGCUAUGUAUGCUAUGUAAGCUAAUGUGUAUGUAUGCUAUGUAUGCUAUGUAAGCUAAUGUGUAUGUAUGCUAUGUAAGCUAUGUAUGCUAUGUAUGCUAUGUAUGCCAUGUAUGCCAUGUAUGCUAUGUAUGCUAUGUAAGCUAAUGUGUAUGUAUGCUAUGUAUGCUAUGUAUGCUAUGUAUGCCAUGUAUGCCAUGUAUGCUAUGUAUGCUAUGUAAGCUAAUGUGUAUGUAUGCUAUGUAUGCUAUGUAUGCUAUGUAUGCUAUGUAUGCUAUGUAAGCUAAUGUGUAUGUAUGCUAUGUAAGCUAAUGUGUAUGUAUGCUAUGUAAGCUAUGUAAGCUAAUGUGAGCUAAUGUGUUUAUUGAUUAAUUCCAGUUAAUAAUUUUGGAUUGAAAAAGUCUAGGUAGCCUAGUCAGCCCAAGUUUGAAUAUUAACUAAAUUUGAUCCCUUUCACAUUUUCUCAACGUUACCACUUCAUUUACAGCUGUAGCUCAGCUGGUAGAGCAAGGCACUUGUAACGCCAGGGUAGUGGGUUCGAUCCCCGGGACCACCCAUACACAAAAAUGUAUGCACGCAUGACUGUCAGUCGCUUUGGAUAAAAGCGUCUGCUAAAUGGCAUAUUAUAUUAUAUUAUUACACUGGCCAGAGGGACAGGGCACGUAGUAGGCUACACUAAAGCUUGUCUCAUGGACUCGACGUAACAUAAUACAUGUAAAUCCUGGACAGUAAAAUGUGUAUGAUAUGUUACGUUUGGUAUGGUUACACGAGACAGAAGGUUACAUAAUAAGGCAAAAAAUAAGGGUGGUUGGUCGGGGUAAAUGGGUGGGCAUGUAACCCUAACCCAAAGGUCGGGGUAAAUGGGUGGGCAUAUAACCCUAACCCAAAGGUUGGGGUAAAUGGGUGGGCAUAUAACCCUAACCCAAAGGUUGCGUGUUCGAAUCUCAUCACGGACAACGUUUACUAAUUAACAGCUUUGCAGCUACUUACUACUUUUUAGCUACUUUGCAACUACUUAGCAUGUUAGCUAACCCUUAACCCCUAGCUAACCCUUAACCCCUAGCUAACCCUUAACCCCUAGCUAACGUUAGCCAACUAGCUAACGUUAGCGUCAGCCACUUAGUCACCUAGCUAAUGUUGGCCACAACAAAUUGGAUUUGCUACAUAUCAUAUGAUUUGCCAAUUCGUAAUAUAUUGUACGAAUUGUAAUUCGUAACAUAUCGUACGAAAUGGAUGAUGGACAUCCACAAAUUAAUACAUACAGUGGCUUGCGAAAGUAUUCACCCUAGAAUUAAAAUGGAUUUUUUGGGGGGGUUUGUAUCAUUUGAUUUACACAACAUGCCUACUACUUUGAAGAUACAAGAAAUAAGACAAAAAAACAGAAAACUUGAGGUGAACCUCCAUCCCAGUCUCAAAUCUCUGGAAGACUGAAACAGGUUUCCCUCAAGGAUUUCCCUGUAUUUAGCGCCAUCCAUCAUUCCUUCAAUUCUGACCAGUUUCCCAGUCCCCGCCGAUGAAAAACAUCCCCACAGCAUGAUGAUGCCACCACCAUGCUUCACUGUGGGGAUGGUGUUCUUGGGGUGAUGAGAGGUGUUGGGUUUGCACCAGACAUAGCAUUGUCCUUGAUGGCCAAAAAGCUCAAUUUUAGUCUCAUCUGACCAGAGUACCUUCUUCCAUAUGUUUGGGGAGUCUCCCACAUGGCUUUUGGCGAACACCAAACGUGUUUGCUUAUUUUUUUCUUUAAGCAAUGGCUUUUUUCUGGCCACUCUUCCAUAAAGCCCAGCUCUGUGGAGUGUUCGGCUUAAAGUGGUCCCAUGGACAGAUACUCCAAUCUCCGCUGUGGAGCUUUGCAGCUCCUUCAGUGUUAUCUUUGGUCUCUUUGUUGCCUCUCUGAUUAAUGCCCUCCUUGCCUGGUCCAUGAGUUUUGGUGGGCGGCCCUCUCUUGGCAGGUUUGUUGUGGUGCCAUAUUCUUUAAAUUUUUUAAUAAUGGAUUUAAUGGUGCUCCGUGGGAUGUUCAAAGUUUCUGAUAUUUUUUUAUAACCCAACCCUGAUUUGUACUUCUCCCACUUUGUCCCUGACCUGUUUGGAGAGCUCCUUGGUCUUCAUGGUGCCGCUUGCUUGGUGGUGCCCCUUGCUUAGUGGUGUUGCAGACUCUGGGGCCUUUCAGAACAGGUGUAUAGUAGUCAUUUAGGCAGGUUAUCUUAGUGUCCUUGGGCACAGGGACUAUGGUGGUCUGCUUGAAACGUGUUGGUAUUACAGACUCAGUCAGGACAUGUUGAAAAUGUCAGUGAAGACACUUGCCAGUUGGCCAGCACAUGCUCGGAGUACACGUCCUGGUAUUCCGGCCUUGUGAAUGUUGACCUGCUUAAAAGUCUUACUCACAUCGGCUACGGAGAGCGUGAUCACAUAGUCAUCCGGAACAGCUGGUGCUCUCAUGCAUGCUUCAGUGUUGCUUGCCUCGAAGCGAGCAUAGAAGUGGUUUAGCUCGUCUGGUAGGCUUGUGUCACUGGGCAGCUCGCGGCUGUGCUUCCCUUUGUAGUCUGUAAUAGUUUUCAAGCCCUGCCACAUCCGACGAGCGUCAGAGCCAGUGUAGUACAAUUCAAUCUUAGUCCUGUAUUGACUCUUUGCCUGUUUGAUGGUUCGUCGGAGGGCAUAGCGGGAUUUCUUAUAAGCGUCCGGGUUAGAGUCCCACUCCUUGAAAGCGGCAGCUCUACCCUUUAGCUCAGUACGGAUGUUGCCUGUAAUCCAUGGCUUCUGGUUGGGGUAUGUUCGUACGGUCACUGUGGGGACGACGUCAUCGAUGCACUUAUUGAUGAAGCCAGUGACUGAUGUGGUGUACUCCUCAAUGCUAUCGGAAGAAUCCCGGAACAUGUUCCAGUCUGUGCUAGCAAAACAGUCCUGUAGCUUAGCAUCUGCUUCAUCUGACCACUUUUUUAUUAACCGGUGCUUCUUGCUUUAGUUUUUGCUUAUAAGCAGCAAUCAGGAGGAUAGAGUUAUGGUCAGAUUUGCCAAAUGGAGGGCGAGGGAGAGCUUUGUAUGCGUCUCUGUGUGUGGAGUAAAGGUGCUAAUUUCAACAUGCUGGUUGAAAUUAGGUAGAACGGAUUUAAGUUUCCCUGCAUUAAAGUCCCCGGCCACUAGGAGCGCUGUCUCUGGAUGAGCGUUUUCCUGUUUACUUAUGGCCUUAUACAGCUCAUUCAGUGCAAUCUUAAUGCCAGCAUCGGAUUGUGGUGUUAGAUAGACAGCUACGACAAAUAUAGAUGAAAACUCUCUUGGUAAAUAGUGUGGUCUACAGCUUAUCAUGAGAUACUCUACCUCAGGCGAGCAAAACCUCGAGACUUCCUUAGUAUUAGAUUUCGUGCACCAGCUGUCGUUUACAAAUAUACACAGACCGCCACCCCUUGUCUUACCGGAGUCAGCCGUUCUAUCCUGCCGAUGUAGCGUAUAUCCUGCCAGCUGUAUGUUAUCCAUGUCGUCGUUCAGCCACGACUCGGUGAAACAUAAGAUAUUACAGUUUUUAAUGUCCCGUUGGUAGGAUAAACAUAAUAUUAGGUCAUCUAAUUUAAGGAUCCCGACCUGCAAUUUCCGUGAAUCUGAUUGGUCAAGACACGCAAAGAGCCUGCAGCAGCACUCCGAUGUGAAGGACAGAGAAAUUGUGCACGAGACAAAUCAUGAGGCAAAUUGGUUAAAAAAAACUGCACUUUGCCCUUAUUAAACUAAGUAUCACCUCACCACACGUUUCCUGGCGGCCUGACAUUGACUGACUGACUGAUCUCUCUGGUGUCUCCGUCUCUCAGGUGUACCACAUCUCCAGGAACCUGUGGUCCAGACUGGAGACCCGGACGGUGAAGAACGUCUGUGCACCUGCUGCUGUCAUCGAGGACAAGAUCUACAUCAUUGGAGGUGAACAGGCUGCCGCUUUCAACAUGUUUACCUUUGUUUACCUGGUCUAUCAUGUGUAAUAUCCACAGCUGUUGCGGUCCACAUGAGUUGAUUAGCAUGUCUCUCUUUUUCUUCUUAAAUGGAGUCAUCUCCUUUCAACUUUAAUUACUUUGAUGUUGUGAUUCUGAACAAUCUGUGGGUAGGCUGUGGAACCCUAUUCCCUAGGGGCUCUGCUCAAAAGUAGUGCACUAUAUAGGGAAUAGGCUGCUAUUUUGGACGCAGGCAGUGAAUCUGUCUUAAGAGUCACUGUAUUGGAAAUGUUGUCAUUUCUAGGGUACACUAGACGGAUGAUCGCCUACGACACCAAAGCCAACAAGUUUGUAAAGUGUGAGAACCUGAAGGAGAGGCGGAUGCACCACAGCGCCACGGUCAUCAACAACAAGCUGUACGUGACGGGGGGGCGCUUCCUGAACGGGCACGACGCCAUCGAGGACUCGGACUGCUUCGAGUGUUACGACCCCAAGACGGACGUGUGGACCUCCAAGGGGACGCUGCCAUACAAACUGUUUGACCACGGCUCCCUGCCUCUGGUCUGUGUCUCCAACAGGCCCAACCCCCCCUGAGUGACCCGCAACAUCUUAUCCACAUCAUCUGGUCGUCUGGAGUCGAACAGUGGGUUUGACCUCUACAGCUGCUUCUCUGUCCUCCAUUACAGAUGCAAUGUCCUCCAAUCCUCCAGUCCGGUGUCACAUUUGAGCUGGUCCACAAACUGUAUAUGAUCUCUCUGAUGACCUGUGACCCACAACAUCCCCAAAACUCCUUGUACUCCUAGCCUAGCGGGCUCCUAGCCUAGCCUAGCCUAGCGGGCUCCU